AUGCUUCAAUUUUUGAAAGCAUUUCAGGCUAUUAAAUUAGCUUCUCGAAUGGCCUUUGAAGAAAAUGUGGUAAGUGGGGCAUACUACAACAUAGGUGAAAGUGUUGAUCCUUCAUUUACAACUUGUAACUCUAAGGGUGUUAGUGGACCAAUAGAUAGAUGGAUGGUGGAGGGACAGGAUGAUGAAAGAGAUGGUCAAGGACCUGUAAGAAUGACCCCGACGAAUGCUAAAGAGCAUCGAAACCAAGUUUGCUUGGAUAUUGGGAGGUUCAUUUACGAGAAUGGAAUCUUGUUUAAUGUAUCCAGUAGUCCAUCAUUUACUAAUAUGGUACAUUCUAUUGGAAACUAUAGACGCGGAUUGAAACCCCCUUCAAUGCAUGAGUCAAGAACUUGGAUCCUUCAAGAAGAAGUCAAGACAACGACAACAAUGGUGGAUGACAUAAAAGUAACUUGGAAGACAACCGAGGUGUCUUGUUAUCAGAUGGUUGGUCAGACAUGA